AUUCUCUCAGUUACGUUCAGUUGUGAUUCUCAAGUCAUACUAUUCACAUCAUAAAGUUUGCUAUAGUUUCUAAUAUGGACUCAAAUCACAAUCAAUUUGCUCUUCCUCAUAAAGUGUAUGAAGAAGCUUUGAAAGAGAUUAUCAAGAAUAAUUUGAAUAAAUCUUUUGAUGAUUAUCAGAUAAUCUAUAGCUCUGGCUCGGCAAAAGGGGAUGGCUAUAUUGGAGUGAUUUGUCGAAUUCAAGUUGUUGAUAAAGAAACUAACGAGAAUAAAUUGAAUUUGAUUGUCAAAUUGCCUCCUGAUAGUCCCACAAGACGACAAGAAUUGUCAAUUGGUAAAUUUUUUGCACAGGAAUCAAAUUUCUAUGAUAAUGUCUAUCCAAUGUAUAAGAAGUUCCAAGAACAAAAAGGAAUUGAUGUUGAAAAGGAUGGAUUUCAUCAUGUUCCAUUUUGUUUUAAAACACUUACUCAAGAACCACGUGAAGGACUUUUCUUUGAGGAUUUAAAGGCAUGUGGAUUUGAAAUGUUUGACAGAUUAAAGGAAGUAACAAAAGAACACGUCUUUCUCGUCAUGAAAGCACUGGCAAAACUUCAUGCUUUAUUCUACAGUAUUAAGAAUCAACAUCCAGAAUUAGUUGAAGGCUACAUUGGACUGAAAGAUCCAUUUACUAUGCUGUGCGACAAAGAAAACUCCUCAUUUAAUCCUUGGUUUGAUAAUUUAAAGGAUCAGACUCUUGAAGUCGUCAACAAAAGUGAAAAUAAGGACAUGGUUGAAAGGAUCAACAGCUUGUUAAACAGGCAGUUUGGAGAGCUUUUGAAUACUUGCUUUGAACGUGAGAAAACCGAACCCUAUGCAACUUUGUGUCAUGGUGAUUGUUGGAACAACAACAUGCUCUUCAAAUAUGAUAAGGAUGGAACUUCAAGUUCUUUAAGGCUUCUUGAUUUUCAAAUUAUUCGCCAUGUUUCUCCAGUUACAGAUCUGAUGUACUACAUUUUCUGCUGCACCAAAAAAUCUUUACGGGAUAAGCAUUAUCAAGAAUUUUUAAACGUUUACUAUGAAGAACUGUGUAGUUUUAUUCAAAGGCUCGGAUCAGAUCCCGAACAGCUUUUCCCACGCGAAGCAUUCGAGAGUCACUUAAAGAAAUUUGGAAAAUUCGGCUUAAUCAUGGCUAUGGCAGUUCUUCCAUUAUUCACAAGUGAUGUAGAUGACAUUCCAGACAUGGAAGAACUUGCUGAAAAAAUUAAAAGAAUUGGAGCAGAUGAAGAAGUUGACAAAUCAGCAUUUAACAUUACAACAGACAAAACUUAUGAUAGAUAUGCAGAGAGGAUGAUUGGAGUGUGCGAAGAUAUGUAUUCGUUGGGGUAUAUAUAGUCAAAGUUGAUAACGCAGGCUUAAGAUUCCUCAUUAAGGCACUAAUAUAUCAACUUUUUAUAGAGACAAUUAAAUCAAAUUUUUAUUAAAAUUGUAAUUAAAAAUCAUAUAGAACAUCAUAAAAUUAACAGGCAUUGCAACUUUGCAUUCUCAUCUAAUAAUAGCCUGUCAGACAAGUUAAUAAAUAAUAAAAUUACAAACCUACAUAAGGCACGUGCUUGAAUUGAAUUACAACGAAUAGGGAAAAAAAUCUAAAUAAUUUGCUUACUUUAAUG